UCUGUAAUAACAGCAAAAACAAAGUUUUUGUGUAUAAUACAGUGCGUACAUUGUAGCUGUCAGUGUUGAAUAACUGCACGUUUUUACUUAAUUGUAACGGUCAAUCGUAAAUAACGUUGAACCAAGGCAAGCAUGCAGACGUCCUCAAGAGUAAUGAAAGAAUUGAAACGUUUAGUGGAGCAUCCUCCCGAGGGGAUAAUAUAUCAUUUAACGGAAGAACGAACCAAUAUACUCACAAUUCAUAUGAUCGGCCCGCACAACACGCCAUAUGAAGGGGCUCUUUUUGAAUUGGAAGUGGAGAUCCCUAGAAAGUAUCCGUUCUUGCCUCCGAGGAUACAGUUUGUUACCCCAAUCUACCAUCCUAAUAUCGAUGGUCAAGGCCGUAUUUGCCUUGAUUUGCUGAAAAUGCCUCCAAACGGUGGUUGGAGACCUACGAUCACUUUGGAAAGCUUGUUAGUUGCAGUGCUGUCCUUGUUGGGUAAUCCCAAUCCAGAUGACCCACUGAUGGUCGACAUAGCCGACGAGUUUCGGUUCAACAAAGCUACUUUUGAAAUGAAAGCAAAAAAACUAGCACGACAGCAUGCAAAGCAAAACGAUUGUUAAUUAUGCUCAUAAACAUCACGUUUCUAAAUUACGAAAAGAAAUGUGCCAAGUUUGAUUUGUAAGACGUAAAGUGUAGGAAAAUUGGAUGAGGUAAUUUAUUUUUAUGAUGUUUAUUUGGAUAAGCCUGUUUUUUUUUUUUUAGAAUUUUUUGUUUAAGUUA